AUGAGCAGCAAGGGCCCGACCAAGAGCACCGUCGACCAGGACAAGCUCAACAAAGCCGAGGCCAAGCUGGCCAAAAAGAAGGCCGCCAAGGGCCAGUAUGAUCCCGAUGCCAUUCCCGAGUGGAACCCGGAUGUCAAGCCGCAGAUCAUCGUCAACCAGCAGAAGCUCUCGUCCGAGAGCAAGAGCAAGGACAUCAAGAUCGAGAACUUUGACAUCAGCUACGCCGGCCGAAAGAUCUUGCUGAAUGCCACCUUGACCAUGUCCAGUGGCAAGCGCUACGGCCUCGUUGGCAAGAACGGUGCCGGUAAAUCCACACUGCUACGAGCGAUUGCCCACAAGGAGCUCCUCAUUCCGUCGCACAUCCGAGUGCUGCACGUCGAGCAGGAGAUCCACGGCGACGGCACUCCUGCGCUGCUUUCCGUCUUGCAGGCUGAUGUCGAGCGCGAAUCGCUUCUGGAGGAGGAGAGGGAGCUCUCGGCGGCGAUCAACAAACCCGGAUUGUCUGCAGAGGAAUCGUCCCUCAUCUCGUCGCGCCUCAAGUCGGUCUAUGCCAAGCUCGAGGAGAUUGAGUCCGACAAGGCCGAGUCAAAGGCCGCGGCGAUCUUGAACGGAUUAGGGUUCAGCCCAGAUCAACAGAAAGCAGCCACCAAAACCUUUAGUGGUGGCUGGAGAAUGCGACUUGCCCUCGCCCGCGCGCUCUUCUGUCGCCCGGACUUGCUGCUUGCCGAUGAAGUCACCAACUUUUUGGAUUUCCCUGCCGUUGUGUGGCUCGAGAACUAUUUCCAGAACUGGAACGCCACGCUCCUGGUGGUCUCGCACGAUCGAUCGUUCCUGGAUGCAGUGGCUACGGACGUCAUUCACCUGACAAGCUGCAUCCUGGAGCCUUACCGCGGUAAUUUCUCGUCGUUUGUCUCGACUCGAGCCGAGCGUGUCAAGAACCAGCUCCGCGAAUACGAGGCCCAGGUUCAGUACCGCAAGCAUCUGCAAGACUUUAUCGAUCGCUGGCGGUACAAUGCCAAGAGAGCAGCCCAGGCGCAGAGCAAAAUCAAGAUUCUGGAGAAGCUGCCUCCGCUCGAGCCUCCGCCCAAGGACGAGAUGGAGGGUCUUGGCGAAGAAGGAAGUGUCUACUUCCGCUUCAACGAGGCCGAGAAGCUUUCUCCGCCCAUCCUGCAGAUGGACAACGUCACCUUUGGAUACAACUCGUCGCGCACGAUUCUCAAGGGCAUUUCAUUCGACUUGCGCAUGGACUCGAAGAUUGCGAUUGUCGGCCCCAACGGCGCAGGUAAAUCGACCAUGAUUUACCUCUUGACCAACCAGACUCAGCCCACAUCGGGACGCUGCCAUCGCCACGGACGCUUGAGAAUCGCUCUGUUCUCCCAGCACCACGUCGAUCAGCUCGAGCUCGGUGCCUCCUCGGUGCAGUUCCUGCAGAAAAAGUUCCCCGGUUUCACGGAAGAAGAGUACCGGCGCAUCCUGGGCCGAUAUGGGCUGACGGGCACGACUGCGCUGCAGCCAAUCGGCACGUUGUCUGGCGGCCAAAAGAGCCGUGUUGUAUUCGCCUGGAUGUCGAUGCAGAACCCUCAUGUUUUGAUCCUGGAUGAACCUACGAACCAUUUGGAUAUGGACUCGAUCGAUGCCCUGGCCUCGGCCCUGCGCGCCUUCAACGGCGGUGUUGCCGUUGUCUCCCACGACGAGCGAUUCCUGGACGCCGUUUGCAACGAGGUGUGGGUGUGCCAGGGAGGCACCCUGUCCCGAUUCGAGGGCAAGGAGGGCGUGCAGGAUGGCAUCGUGCGCCAGUACAAGAAGAGCUUGGGUGUGGAUGUGUAG